CUUCAAACUACCAGUCUGCAACCUGCAGGGCAGAACAUUUUUACUUAUCUAACAAAAGAUAUGAGUGAUGAUGAUGCGGCGUAUAUGGGGAAGCAGAAGAAGAAGAAGAAGAUGGAAUAUUACACGAAGAAACUCGCGAAGAUGGUGGGGAUGAAUAAGGUCCUCGGCGGCGAUGACGCCGUCGAUUAUCUUGAUCAUCGUCGUGAUGCGGAUGCUUUGCACCGGCAUCUGCUGCUGGAAUACUGUUUGGUUGGGCCGACGACGGCGGCGGCGGCGGCGUCUCCUUCGGGCUGCGGCGGCGGUGGCACCACGCCGCCUGGAUUUGUGGCGAUAUAUGUGGGGGAGGAGCGGCGGCGAUUCGUGGUGCCGACGGGGCAUCUGUCUCACCCGCUAUUCAGGAUGCUGCUGGAGAAGGCGGGCGACGAGUUUGGGUUCGCGCAGAAGAGUGGGCUGGUGGUUCCCUGCACCGUCUCCGCGUUCCGGGACGUGGUCGCCGCCGUGCAAAGCUGCCGCGGCAACUUUGACCUUGGUAAAUUAAUGGAGGAAGAGUUAGUUUGAUUGCUUGCUUUGUUUGAAGGAUUACCUAAUUGUAAUGCUAGAGCUAAUUGAUGGAUGAACCAUGCACAAAUUUAUCUGGCGAAUUUAAUUUAGAGCAAUUAUUUGAGCGAGCAAUAUAUAUAUAUUCACACAUAACCGGCAUAAGAACCAUGCAUGAGAAGCAAGACCCCCAAUCACUUAGGGGAUGUAAUUUUAUUUUUAAUUAUUGUAAAUAAAAGUUAUAUUACUUUUAAAUUUUUAGAAAUUGUACAAGAAUAUUGAUUUUUUUUAUUUAAAAAUUUCCUACAGAAAUUUUGGGAAA